AUGCAACACCAUGGGCCCCGGACGCACAGCGAUCCCUCCGUGGGCCCCUCCGCGAACGACUUGGGCUGUAGUGGCCUCAGUGCCAUUGUGGCCAUUCGGGCGUCUCCAGUGCACAGCUUUUUGGAGAGCGAAUCCAGCGUUCAGGAACCCCCACAGCCGGCGUUCUCUGCCCGGAUCUGGUUCUUUAGCCUGGGCGUGCUCCUGAAUGUGCUGCUGAGUGGCGCUCUGAUCCUGGGAUGCACUCCCUUCCAGGAUGCUCUGGUGCGGCGGUAUGGCUACUCCACCUCCGAUGCUACCACCAUCUGGGGCAAUGGUUUUCAGAUUCUGGUCAUGGGCACGGCAGUGACGUCGCCCAUCCUCGAUGUCAUUGGCCCCCGAUGGUUCGCCGUCAUCGGCCUUGGAUCCGAAUGUGCUGGGCUUGGGCUGCUGGCCCAUGCGGGCUCCUACCCCUUGGAACACGGGGUGGGGAUCCUGUCCUUCGCCUACGGCCUCGUGGGCUUGGGCGGGAACAUGCUGAUGCUGGCCAGCAUGCCCUUCUGCCAGCUCUUCCGACGCAGCAGCACGGCGGCGUCCAUCAUGAUGGGCGCCUAUCAGGCUGCUGGCUUCAUGUUCAUGCUGCUGACCCUGCAGGUCAUGGACUUCUGGACCUUCUUUAGCACCUACCAGCUCAUUGCCGGUGCGGGGCUGCUGGCGGUCUUCCUGUGUUUUCCGGACGUCCCCUACAAAUCGCCCGAGGAUACUCCACGAUGCACCUUGCCGGUGACGCCGUGCAACAGGGAUGCCUGCGUGAGGCCAGAAGGCAGGGCGCUGCAGCAUGCUGUUGCACCACUGCUGCUCUCGCGCACCUGGUACUUUUUGCUGUGCUUCUCCCUGGCGGCCACUGUUGCCGCAUGGUGCGCGGGCGCCUUCUAUGCGCAGCUGAAGGGCAAGGGCCAGGGCGCGGUGGAUCCAACGAUGAGGAAGUCCCUUAUCUUUUGGAUGCCCCUGGCCUCCAACUCCACGUUUCUCUUCACUCCCCUCAUCGGCGCCCUCAUGGAUGCCCGGGGCUUCUGCCCAGCCAUCAUCCUGCUAUGCCUUGCAAGCGUGAGUUGCGUCGCCACUGUGUGGCUGCUGCCGCUGACGUGGCAGUGGCUGACACUGCUUACCCUGAAUUGGCUGCUGGCUGUGACCUAUUCACUCCAACUGAGCUACAUCACCUGCAAGUACGCCGCGGAUCAGUUUGGUGCGGUGAUGUCGUACAGCACCAUCAUGCAGAGCGUCAUCAACUUGCUUGGCGUGUACCUGCUGCGCUGCCCACCCUCGCGUGCUGCAGCUUGCUUCGUGCCCCCCUGCGUCUUUUUCUGCUUUCUGUGGGCCCGAGAAGAGCGGCGGAGAGGGGGCUGCUAG